UGAGAGAGGGCACUAAGCUUGUGAAAUCAACUCCUCCUCCAGCUUUUAGAGAAUAUCCCUGACACUGUACAAACAAGAUGUCGACAUGUUGAUGAUAGGCAUAUCACAGUCCCAUUUCAUUUCGACUGAUUUUGACAGAGUUACUGCCCCUGUUUUACGGAGCUUCAUUUGCCUUAUUGUGAGAGAGGGCACUAAGCUUGUGAAAUCAACUCCUACAGUUUCUAGAGAAUAUCCCUGACACUCUACACACAAGAUGUCGACAUGUUAAUGAUACACAUAUUGCAGUUCUGUUUCAUUUCGACUAAUUUUGAGAGAGUUACUGCCCCUGUUUUACGGAGCUUCAUGAAAUCUACUCCUCCAGUUUUCAGAGAAUAUCACAAUAUCUAACUAUAACUAUAACUAUAGUUAGUUUCCUUGUAUAAGGCUUUUGUGGGUGAGCUACAUCCUUAUGGCAUUAGCAUUCAGACUGGAGUACUCCCAACAAAACGUUCUGCACAAUUUGUUUCAAAUGCAGUGCCAUCUACUGUUGUUAUUUCAUAAAAUACAAAGAAAAUAUAAACUUGUUAAAAAAAUUCAUGCGGGGGAUGUUGUGCUCUCAGAGCACUCUUGUUCUCCUUCCAACUUUCUCUCUACCCUGUUUUCUCCUUCAUUUUCAUUUCUCUCCAUCAACCUCCUCUCCACCCUUUUUUCUCCUUUCAUUCUCAAUUCUCUAUCCACCCUUUUUAUCCUUCAUUCUCAAUUCUCCUUCCAACUUCCUCUCCACCCCGGUGAUUUUAUCAAUACAACUUCCUUUCAGAUUGUAACAUGUAAGGAAAUGUAAAAUCAAAUGACAAAUGUUAUCUUUAUAUUCCCAAAGAUCGAACACGCAAUCUUCGUAUCUGUAGCCCAGUGAGUGUACCUCAAGGCUACAUAGGCGCUGAUAAAUCGUAAUGAUUUUUAGAAUGUCUUUUUCAAGAACCGUAAGCUAGCAACAAAGAUUUUACGCCUGUUUCCUAAGGUUACUACCACUCCUGAUAUGUUGCUUACUGAUGUUCUUCUAGUAUAUGAUAUGGACACAGCCUCUCCUCAAGUGCUGCUUUGUGAUGUUCUUCUAGUAUAUGAUAUGGACACAGCCUCUCCUGAAGUGCUGCAUAGUGAUAUUCUUCUAGUAUAUGAUAUGGACACAGCCAUUACUGAAAUGCUGCUUAGUGAUGUUGUUCUUGUAUAGGAUAUGGACACAGCCACUCCUAAAGUGCUGCUUAGUGAUGUUCUUCAAGUAUAUGAUAUGGACACAGCCAUUACUGAAGUGCUGCUUAGUGAUGUUGUUCUUGUAUAGGAUAUGGACACAGCCACUGCUGAAUCGCUGCUGGGUGAUGUUCUGCUAGUAUAGGAUAUGGACACAGCCACUCCUGAAGUGCUGCUAGUGAUGUUCUAGUAUAUGAAAUGAACACAGCCGCUCCUGAAGUCCUGCUUAGUGAUGUUUCUCUAGUAUAUGAUAUGGACACAGCCGCUCCUGAAGUCCUGCUUAGUGAUGUUCCUCUAGUAAAUGAUAUGGACACAGCCACUGCUGAAGUGCUGCUAGUGAUGUUCUUCUAGUAUAUGAAAUGGACACAGCCGCUCCUGAAGUCCUGCUUAGUGAUGUUCCUCUAGUAUAUGAUAUGGACACAGCCACUCCUGAAGUGCUGCUAGUGAUGUUCUAGUAUAUGAAAUGGACACAGCCGCUCCUGAAGUCCUGCUUAGUGAUGUUCCUCUAGUAUAUGAUAUGGACACAGCCGCUCCUGAAGUCCUGCUUAGUGAUGUUCCUCUAGUAUAUGAUAUGGACACAGCCACUGCUGAAGUGCUGCUAGUGAUGUUCUUCUAGUAUAUGAAAUGGACACAGCCGCUCCUGAAGUCCUGCUUAGUGAUGUUCCUCUAGUAUAUGAUAUGGACACAGCCGCUCCUGAAGUGCUGCUUAGUGAUGUUCCUCUAGUAUAUGAUAUGGACACAGCCGCUCCUGAAGUCCUGCUUAGUGAUGUUCCUCUAGUAUAUGAUAUAGACACAGCCACUCCUGAAGUGCUGCUAGUGAUGUUCUUCUAGUAUAUGAAAUGGACACAGCCGCUCCUGAAGUCCUGCUUAGUGAUGUUCCUCUAGUAUAUGAUAUGGACAGAGCCACAUCUGAAGUGCUGCUAGUGAUGUUCUAGUAUAGGAUAUGGACACAGCCACUCCUGAAGUGCUGCUGGGUGAUGUUCUGCUAGUAUAUGAUAUGGACACAGCCACUGCUGAAGGGCUGCUUUGUGAUGUUGUUCUUGUAUAGGAUAUGGACACAGCCGCUCCUGAAGUGCUGCUAAGUGAUGUUGGUCUAGUAUAGGAUAUGGACACAGCCACUCCUGAAGGGCUGCUUAGUGAUGUUGGUCUAGUAUAUGAUAUGGACACAGCCGCUCCUGAAGUGCUGCUUCGUGAUGUUGUUCUUGUAUAGGAUAUGGACACAGCCACUGCUGAAGUGCUGCUUCGUGAUGUUCUUCUCUUCAGGUGACUUCCUGGCCGCUGUGUGUGGGACGUUGAUGUCAUGCACUUGGGGAUCCACACCAAUGCUGUUCCUGUGUCGGGCGCUGGCCAAUAUCCCCGCAACACCCAUCCUUACUCCACGCAUUUUAACACUCAUCAAGGAUAUGUUGACAACACUGAUGACAACCAUGGAGCCACUACAGAAGGGUGCAAUUCAGUGCUUCCUGCUCAAGGCCAUUUUACGCCUGACUGACAAGACACAAGUAACAGUGGAGGAUUUUGCAUCCAUUCUUGCGGUAUUUGAGCGCAAUGAGAGCUUACAAAGGGGAACAACUCAGUGGGUAGAGGCUAGUGUAUGGCUUCAGGAGGCUGCAACAGAGGCUGAUGAGCAGUGGAGCCAGGCAUAUAUCCAACAAGCUGUCAACAACAUGAUCCAUGACUUCCUGAUUGACCCUGCAGAAUCAGGAAUGUUCAAUUCUUUGAUGAUGACGAAGAUUGUCCGUCUGCUUGUCAUUGCCAUGGAUGCUGGCAUAUUUAAACAAAUACAAAGAGAAGAUAGUAUUGGCCUUGACUUCAUGUUAGGUCAGAUCACAGAUGUCAUCAGAAGUAUUAACUCCCAUCCCUAUAUGACAAAGGUGAAGGCUGAUCGUGCUGUCAGUCUUCUGGCUACCUUGGCAACCGAACACUCCAGUGCUUCAGGAGGUGUGUGUGAGUGUGACCAGAGUGUGCAGGAGGCAGUGGAGGGGUGCUGGCAGGAGCUGGUGGUGUACAUUGGUAACAGAGUCACACAGGACAUCACAGAGAUGGAUGACCUGGUAUUGCUGGAUAUGUACACAGGCUGCAUGGAGAGGUGCCUCAAAUACCUGCCCCCGGACAUGAGGUGUCAGUCUCUCUUUAGCCUCGUCACCACCUGCGUUAGCAAGCUACAGCAUCUACAGGCCUUGCCCCAGGUAUAUCUGGAGAGUCAGAUCCAGACUGUGUCAUUACUGUGUCUGCUGGCUGCAGUGUCAGACAUAGUUGAUAGUUUCCAGCCCUCAGACACAAUGGCAGACAUCACAGAAACAAUCCUGGAAUUCACUGUGUCCAUGACAAUGAUCCCAUCAUUUACUAAACAAGCAUCAAAAACAAGCAAUAGUGAGUCGAGGAUUUCCCAGAAGGACUGGGGCAGGGUCGUAUCUAGAUAUAUCUCCAGUCAGUGGCAGUGCAUGUAUUUCCUUCUGAAGAGGUCCCCCGGACGACUGUCAGCCACUCAACUCCUAGAGACUUGCUAUGAUGCAUUUGAUGUUGGCACGAGGGACUCGGACAUCCAGGUUCUCCAUUGUGUACAGUGUCUCCUGUCCGAGCUGGUGACCGUGGAACCAGACACAGUGUGCAAGAUGCUGCAUGUAGCAUGGGUCAAGGCUAGUGAGGAGCUACACACUGCUUCCUACUGGCGGAAACUGUCCUGUGUUGUCAAACUGUUAACACAGAGUCCACUGCUGCUGGCAGGCCAUGGCUCCCAGGUCAACGAGUGUCUGCUGAAGCACAUGGGUCUGCUUUUCAAGCUGGGAGAAGAAAAGAUGGGUGUGGCCAACAUGCUGAUAGAACAUCUUUACCCACAUCUCGUCUCAGAUGAUCAUGGCAUACAGAUUGCCAACAAUUUCCGCUCCAUCCUAGCAGAUGCAUGUAUGUUUGGUGGCAUGCACCACAGAACUGACAGACUAAUUUUGGAUGUGACAUACUACAUUGAGAACCAGGGCAAGAUGUUGUCAGUGAAUGAUGUUAUGCCAAGAUUCUCAAAGGGUGAUGGCAUUGUUCGUGUAUUUGCCAUCAAUUUUCUGUCACACCUAGACCCAAAUGAAGCAUCUCAUGCAGACUUUGCCCAGGCAUUGACCCUUGACCUCUGUGCCCGGCAUGAUGCACUCAUGGAGUUGGCUGAGUACCGUCAAUUCAACAACUCACUCUGUCACAGACAGAAGAACAGGAUCUUUCAGGCAAUUUGUGUACUGGAACCAUUCAUAAAAGAGGGAGACAGUCUCCAGGCACUGUGGCAGUUUGUCUGGAAAUGCCUGGUGAAUGAGGCUCAUGCAUCAGUUCGACACAUGCAGGAAUGGGUUUUGAUGCGGUUGGUGCUCAGGUUUCCCGACAUGGUUGGACGAAUGUGGGAGCACUUCAAUCAGUUCAACGACAAGAGGAACCUCAGUCUAUGUUCUUUAAUGCACGUUCUGUCUCGGUGUGGACCUCACCUUCCCAAAGACUUGCAGAACGAUUUCUAUGGCCAGGCCCUGCCGCUCCUGUUGCCGUGGUGUAUGGCCCAUCACUUCAACACCCGCGUCCAUGCCCAGGCCAGUCUCACCACGCUCUGGAACCAGUGUCACAAGCUCAACCUAAACAACCUCAUAAGCCACCAUUCCAUCAUCAACAGCAUCGUCACUUUCCAGGAAAACAACAACAACUCAACAAAGAACUUGCAGAAGCUAAUCGGGAACUAUUUCUACCAGACAUUUGACUUUGUGGAGGACUACAGCAUGGAGACAAUAUUUCUCACCUUACCAAGGCUGUCUUGCUUAAUCGAUGAAGAGUGGCUGCGUCCAGAUACAUUCCAUCGCUGGGACAUUUUCAAGUCACCUGACUUGCAACGAUGUGUGCCCCUGUACAAUGCAUCUUCCAGACUUAGAGAAUGUGUUCCCGGGCCAUGGAAGAUAAGACCACCUGUAUCAGACACUGACUGUGCAGAUGAAGAGGUGACGGAGGGCAAUGUACAGAAGAAGAUAAUGCCAUGGCGUUUGAUGACACCAGAUGAAGAUUCCCACCCAGACAACAAGAUGAAUUUGAAGAAAGUUCACAAAGCUGGAGGACUUAUCCUAGUCACUUCACUUAUUGACAAGUUACCCAACUUGGGAGGUCUCUGCCGUACAAGUGAGAUCUUCGGAGUGUCAGAGUUCAUUAUUGGGAAUCUUUGCUUCAUUGAAGACCGGGCCUUCCAGUCACUAAGUGUUACAGCACACAAGUGGAUUCCUAUCACUGAGGUGCCUGGCCACAGAUUGCAGGAGUUCCUGCAGGCUAAGCGUAGGGACGGGUACACACUAGUUGGCGCAGAGCAGACAGCUAACAGCGUGUGUCUCACACAGUACAAGUUCCCCCAAAAGACCUUACUGCUACUAGGAAAUGAGAAAGAGGGCAUUCCAGUCAACCUGAUCCAGCUGCUGGAUGUCUGUGUGGAGAUCCCCCAGCAGGGCAUCAUCCGCUCUCUCAACGUCCACGUAAGUGGGGCCCUGCUUGUGUGGGAGUAUGCCCGGCAGCAGAUGGAUGCAGCCACGGCAACCUUGUAGCCAGACUACACAUGAUGUCAGUCAACGUCCACAUGAGUGGGGCCCUGCUUGUGUGGGAGUAUGCCCGGCAGCAGAUGGAUGCAGCCACGGCAACCUUGUAGCCAGACUACACAUGAUGUCAGUCAACGUCCACAUGAGUGGGGCCCUGCUUGUGUGGGAGUAUGCCCCGGCAGCAGAUGGAUGCAGCCACGGCAACCUUGUAGCCAGACUACACAUUAUGUCAGUCAAUGUCCACAUGAGUGGGGCCCUGCUUGUGUGGGAGUAUGGCCGGCAGCAGAUGGAUGCAGCCACGGCAACCUUGUAGCCAGACUACACAUGAAGUCAGUUAAUUGAUGCCCUGAGUGAGAUACAGUGAGGACUACUUCCCUGUCUAGAGGCCCGAUGUGUGCAGGUGAUGCCCCAGCAAUGAUAUCCUGGACAGAAGUGUUCCUUCUGACAAUAUGUACUGAAUGAGUAGAUGCUGGUGUAUGCUGCAGCCUGCAGCCUGCAGUUUUAUAAUUAAAUCAUGACAACAGUAUAUUUGACCACAGUCUUGAAUGGUGGUGGUAUUGUUUUUGUACAAGCACAUUUAAAGUUGUAUCAAUAUUUGAAAAAAUGGACUACAUGUUGCUAUUUAUGGUUUUCUGAGCUGGUAGGAAGCUAAACUUGCACAUGCACAACAUAAGCCAUCAUACAGCCUAUCAGAUGUGAAACACUUCCAGUUUUCUAACUUGCAAUAGCACAGACUGGUGUCCAGAAUAUUCACAGCACCUGCAGAGUACCUGGUGAAGCCACCAGUUGCAUCAACAAUUCUCCUGUACAUAGCAGAGUGAACCAUGCGAUGGAGGUAGACCUUGGUGUUGAGGUGCCAUGGCAUUGUACAAUGGCAGCACAAUGGUUGACUCAUGUGUAGGACCAUGGUGAGUCAUGAUGUUAUGAUGGUUUAGGAUGUGCUGUACAAGUCAAGCAUUAUGGGGACUGGAGUAGUCUUGCUAAAAGAUGUAUCAUUGGUGUCAAGCAGAAGACUGCAAAAUGUGUGAUCUGAUGACUGAUGCUAUUGCCUGGGCCAGUAUUGUUGAUGAUGAGUACAACCUGCUGGUUCAGACCAACUGCACCCCAUAUACUGAUGAUUGGACCACUCCAUGAAUCACUCUCGGCAACACAAGCAUCACAUGCUCCUCCUCCUUACCCUCAGGCAAACACAUCAUGGGAGGUUUUAACGAUGUAAGGGUCAGCAUGCACUAGUCGGCAGUUUGUCCCUUGCCUGGUGAGGAGGGGAUGCGGGAAAUCGGACAUACUCAUGGAAUUCUAAGAAACCCAACUACAUGCAGUAGUCUGAUAAGGUCAAGAGUAAGAUCAUCCUGAUCACCACUGCACUGGACGAGGUACCUGGUUGUCUUGUAGAAUUACCUUUUUAGGAAUGUGGCCAGCACUGUUAGAAAGUAAAUGCAUGUAAACCAGAACAAGCUGCGCAUAAGGGAGUGGGGAGUUGAGAGCUUAAGUCUUGAUGUGAAGACCUGCAAGAAUAAAACGUCCAGGAACCUAA